AUGUCGCAACUCCCCGAUAACGACGGCUAUAAAGGGGUCACGGGGCUGGCUGCGGCCACAGCGGCCGGACAGGGCAGGGGACAGCAACGAGUGGACCUUCCCAGAGCCACCAUGCCCUGGGUUCUGCUGUUCCUCCCACUCCUCAUCCUCAGCCAUGCCAUCGCUGUGUCUGUGGUCACCCCUGGGCUGGCUGCGGGUGACCAGGGGCUGCUGACCGAGCUGGUGGGGCUGGCAGAGCCUAUCCCACCACGGGCACUGGGAGUCCCGUGCCAGACCCUUCGUCCAGACACCCUGCCCGGUUUCUCCCAGCUGCCGCUGCUGCCCCGUGGCCUGGCCCGUGCCGCCCUGGCCCUGGCGCUGCGCAGGGCCGGCUGCGACCCCCAGGCCGAGGACGAGGAGCUGCAGCUGGCACGGGAGCUGGGGACCCCCACGGCCGUGGCGCUGCUGGGGGGGCUGGCGCGGCUACCGAGCACUCCGGCCCCCCGGCCGCUGGCCCUGCUGCUCCUGGGCCUGGCACGCCCGGGGGGCUCUGCCUGCGUGGAUCCCGCCCGGCUCCAGACUCCCGCGCCGGGCACAGAGCCCACGCCACCCUUGGCCCGUGGUGUCCGGGGAUUCCUGGGGGUCCGGCUGUGCCGCGGUGCCGUCCGGCGCCGGCGGGAGGAUGAGGACACAGAUGCCUGCAACCCGGCGGGGGAGCGAGAAGCCCACCAGGUGGUGGAGUGGGUGCCGGGAGUCAGCAUCUUCUACAACCUGGGCACCAGCGUCUACUUCGCCUUCCAGGGCUGCAAGGCCACAGCAUCCACGCGGGCGCUGGAGGCCGCCGAGGACCUGGGCUACGCCGGGCUGGCCGCGCUCACCGGGGGCCUGGGGGGUCCCGUGGCCAUGGGGGUGCAGAUGGGGCUGCAGCCGGGGAUCAAGGCCGGCGUGCGGGCGCUCAUCGGGUACUUCACCUCGGUCGGGGAGCCCUCACCAGUGCCCACUGCCCACAGCGGCCCCGUGGUCAUUAUUGAAUAA